AUGGAAAUCUUAAAGUGUAAAGAUGUUAUCUAUGAAAAUGAAGAAAUAAUUAGAUUUUGCUUGAAUCAAAGUUGUUAAAAUACAACUCAAUAUUGUUAUGAAUGUUUAAAUACUACUAAUUCAGAACAUCACAUUGAUUGUAUAAGAUUCUCUAAAAUAAUCUAAUUUAUCAAGGAAUUCGUUCUUAAUUACAAUCAAAAAAAGAUAUAAUUCUAUGAUAUCUCUAAAAAUCUUUAGAAUAUUUCUGAAUGA